AUGGACAGACCAGAAUAUGUUUGGCAACAGACAUGGCAAUGGAUGACAGAUGAUAUCACAUUCAAUCAUAGAAAACAAGGUAUCCACCUUACUGAAAAGGAAACAAUUCAUUUAUGCUUGACUGAGAUUGAGAAUAUGCUACAAGCCAACAGAACGACCUUGCGAGAUUUUCCAUCCAUGCCAUACCCAAUAGGAUAUGCACCCAACCAGCACCAUAAUAAACCAAUCCAUAAUGAAAUGGCAUAUGACAAACAAAUGCUAGCAGCAGAAUUCAACAGAGCAUACCAUUUGCUCAGAGAUGAGCAAAAAACUAUUGUCGAUACCAUUAUCCGUAUAGUUAACACUCAAUCAGUUGUAGUUUACUUCCUCUAUGGAUAUGGUGGAACUGGCAAAACAUUUGUUUGGACAACCUUAUCAUCUGCUAUACGCUCCAAUGGUAGAAUUGUUUGUACAGUUGCUUCAAGUGGAAUUGCUUCAUUACUAUUGCCUGGUGGUCGGACAGCGCAUUCCAAAUUUGCUAUACCAGUCCCUGCAACACAAAAUUCGACAUGCAAUAUUCAUCAAGGCAGUGAGUUAGCUGAAUUAUUAAAGGUUACAAAACUAAUAGUCUGGGAUGAAGCUCCAAUGUGUCACAGAUUUGCAUUUGAGGCACUAGAUAAAAGCCUUAAAGACAUCAUGCCGAACAAUCUGCCUUUUGGAGGAAAAAUUGUAGUUUUUGGUGGAGAUUUCCGACAGAUCUUGCCUAUUGUUCCAAAAGGUAAUCGCUCAGACAUUGUUCAUGCAACUAUAAAUGCAUCAUACAUUUGGGACCAUUGCCAAAUUCUUAAACUCACAAAAAACAUGAGAUUGUUAUCAAGUGCUCCCGAACAACCCAACAAUCAAGAGCUCAAACAAUUUUCAGAUUGGCUACUUGACAUAGGAGAUGGAAAAAUUGGACAAGAUAAUGACGGAUUUUCAUAA